AGUUUAUAUUUUAUCGCUUCAUUUAUGGGAGUCAUCACUGAAGUCGCCGCUGCCCAACUGUUAGACUUUUCCCAACGUUUGGACAUCGGACUCUUGGACAGAGUGGUCAAUUGCAUGUACCAUGAAAGUGGAGCACAACAGAAGCUGGCAGAAAAAAUUUUGAACACCCUUAAAGAACAUCCAGAUGCAUGGAUGCGCGUCGACUCCAUACUGGAAUUCAGCUUGAAUAGGGAAACGAAAUACUUCGCACUGCAAAUAUUGGAGGCAUUAAUUAAGACACGUUGGAAGGUUUUGGCUAGGCCGCAGUGUGAAGGUAUUAAAAAGUAUAUCGUUGGUCUCAUCAUUCAAACUUCUUCCAACAAUGAUUUGAUAGAAUCAGAGAAGACAUAUCUUGGGAAAUUGAAUAUGAUCUUAGUCGAAAUAUUAAAACAUGAAUGGCCCGCUAACUGGCCCACUUUUAUCAGCGAUAUUGUGGGUGCCAGCAAAACCAACGAAUCAUUGUGUCAGAACAAUAUGGUUAUUUUACGGCUGCUAAGCGAGGAAGUGUUUGACUUCUCUCUAGGCCAAAUGACCCAGGCCAAAGCGAAGCAUCUAAAAGACUCAAUGUGCCAAGAGUUCGGCCAUAUUUUCCAGUUGUGCCAGUUCGUGCUGGAGAACUCCCAAAAUGCCUCCUUAGUGGUGUCCACGCUGGAAACCUUGCUCCGAUUCAUGCAUUGGAUACCACUAGGCUACAUUUUUGAAACAAAUCUCAUCCGAAUUUUAGUACAUAAUUUCUUCAACAUCCCCUUGUUCCGAAACGUUACUUUAAAGUGCUUGGCUGAGAUUGCCGGCGUUCUAACUGAUGACUAUGAACAGCAGUUGGUAGAACUUUUCGUCUCAACCACGGAGAAGCUGAAAGAGAUGCUCCCACUAGAUACAAAACUACGGGAGGCAUACGAAUGUGGUACAACUGACGAACAGAACUUCAUUCAAAACUUGGCAAUUUUCUACACAACCUUUUUAAAGUGCCACAGCUGCCUGAUAGAGAAACCGGAAUUGAUAUGGCGACUGCAUGACGCAUAUGCCUAUCUACUCAUGUUAUCUGAGGUGGAGGAACGUGAAAUAUUCAAAAUUUGUCUGGAAUAUUGGAACAUAUUGGUAUCCGAUUUGUAUCGUGAAAUGAUGUCUGCGGAUCUGCUGUCAACACACAAUAGGUGUAAGCAAUUUGACCAAACUAUUUCAAAGCUCCGACGGAUCAUGAUUUCUCGGAUGGCUCGCCCAGAAGAGGUGCUAGUGGUUGAGAAUGAGCACGGCGAGGUUGUGCGAGAGUUCAUGAAGGAUACGGACAGUUUAAACCUGUAUAAGAGCAUGAGAGAAACCCUUGUGUAUUUGACACAUUUGGAUUACACAGACACGAAGAAGAUCAUGAUAGAAAGGUUGCAUAGCCAAGUCGAUGGUAGCGAGUGGUCGUGGCACAAUUUGAACACCCUUUGUUGGGCUAUUGGGAGUAUUUCCGGAGCAAUGCAAGAGGAUGACGAGCGUAGUUUCCUGGUCAUCGUUAUUCGUGAUCUACUUGGUCUGUGCGAGCAGAAACGCGGAAAGGAUAACAAAGCGAUAGUUGCCAGCAACAUUAUGUACGUUGUGGGCCAAUAUCCACGAUUUUUGAGAGCUCAUUGGCGGUUCUUGAAGACCGUAAUAACCAAACUGUUUGAGUUCAUGCAUGAAACCCAUGAGGGAGUGCAAGACAUGGCGUGUGAUACGUUCAUCAAAAUUGCGCAGAAAUGUCGACGACAAUUGGUCACUGUCCAGUAUGGUGAGGCGGUGGAGUUUAUCGACGAAAUUCUCAAAGAAAUUGACAUAAUCAUCAACGACCUCCAUCCCCAACAAGUGCAUACAUUUUAUGAAGCGGUCGGUGUGAUAAUCAGCGCUCAAACUGACGCAGCUGUCCAAAGUGAGCAGAUCGAACGCCUUUUCCGAUUACCAAACCAAAUUUGGGAUGGUAUCCUCUCGCGAGCUGCCAUGGACAUGGAAUUGUUGAAGGAUCCAGAAGUCGUUAGACAAUUAUGUAAUAUACUCAAAACCAACCACAGUGCAUGCAAGUCUAUUGGACAGCCCUAUUUGGUUCAGCUUGGUCGAAUCUACUUGGACAUGCUGAAUGUGUAUAAAAUUAUGUCUCAGAACAUCAGCCAGGCUGUUGCGACCAACGGUGAGAUCGUUAUCAGACAACCAUUGAUCAAAAACAUGCGCUCUGUCAAGAAAGCCAUCUUAAAUGUCCUCUCAUGCUGGAUACAUCGUACCACCGACCCAGUCAUGGUUGCGGAUAGUUUUGUGCCCCCACUGUUAGAUGCAGUGGCCGAAGACUAUCGACGCAAUCUGCCGGCGGCUCGCGAAGCUGAAGUUUUAGGCCUCAUGACCACUUUAGUGACUCGAUUGCAGGAACAUAUUUUGCCCACUCUACCCCGCAUACUGGACGCUGUGUUCCAGUCCACACUAGAAAUGAUUGACAAGGAUUUGGAAGAGUUCCCUGAACACAGAACCCAAUUUUUCAACCUCUUACAAGAAGUGAACAGUCAUUGCUUCUCUGCCCUCCUCAGUCUGACUCCUGACAAGUUCAAAUUGAUUUUGGAUAGUGUGAUAUGGGCAAUAAAACAUACUAUGCGACAAGUCUCCGAAACUGGCCUGAAUAUUUUGCACACCAUGCUCGCAAAUAUGUCAAACGCCAACUCCGAACACUCGCAGCUGUUCUUCAAAACGUUCUUCAUGGACAUUUUGCAACACAUGUUCGCAGUGAUAACAGACAGGUCGCAAACAGGAAAUUUGACUCUGCAAUCCUCCUUGCUUGCCUUCAUGUUCAAGAUAGUGGAGAAUGAUGUCAUCACUGUGCCUUUGGGCGAGGUGACUGGUGGUCCAAUGGACGCCAAACUGAACGUCCGUUACGUGCACCAAAGUUUAAGCCAACUGUUGAAACAAGUGUUUCCGCAUUUACAGGACCCUCAAAUCCGAGUCUUUAUUGACGGUCUUUUUUCCUUCAAUCAAGAUGUGGCCGCAUUUCGAGAACAUGUUCGUGAUUUCUUGGUGCAGAUCCGUGAGGUCGCCGGACAGGAUUUGUCCGAUUUGUAUUUGGAAGAGCGGGAACAAGAAAUCGCACAGGCUCAAGCUGCAAAACUUCGUAGACAGGCAGAUGUUCCGGGCAUUUUGGGCCCCCAUGAAGUUGAUAUGGUUGACUGACUGACGUUCCGGUCUGAGGCCACACAGCCGUUGUGUUGCUGUUACACAUUUGCAUUUUGAACCAUCAUCUUCACCGUUAAAGUGACGAAUCAUGGUGAAUUCCUGAUAUUCAUGCGAAUUAUACUUUUCCACAUCUGUAACUAUUACGGUUGUAAUCGUUGUUAGUGCCCAUGAUCCCCACCGAGAGCGAGCCUCCGCAUUCGCUCCAUUUAAUCACUUCUUACUUGAAUGACCUAAUUUUUGAAACAACUCGUUCCAUUUCCCAUCUGCUACGUACAUCGUUAUGGCUACUGAAUAGCCGCAUGUUUACGUGCCUGCGGCGCAGAUUGAGCGUCGCUGCCCAACUCUCUCUUCGCUUGCACUCCAUUUGAACGAAGGUGGUCCUGUUUUACUUAUUACCUUGGCUAUACAUUUGCUUCGCUCUUUUCUCAACUUGUAAGCAGUGUGUCUGCUAAUUUUGUGUGAAAUAAUUGAAGCACUGUUCUGAACAAAACGAUGCUGUUGGUUCUGCUUUAUAGAGACAAGUAGAUGAUGACCACGAUUAAGCUGGAGAUUGCGUUAUUUGUUG